AUGGCAGUCGAAAAUAUUCGGCUUCUCGCUCGAUUCGUUCUUGACAAUAAUCUUUUGGACAAACUCGGACCCCCAUUCGCCUUUAGUCUAUGGGUAGCCGCCCGUCUACUCCUAGUUCGUGGAUCUACCAUUGCACAUACAGUCGAUCCUGAAAUGAACUUUUUCAUCGAUACACUCCGCCGGAUGGGAAAGUAUUGGAAGGUGGCUGAACGGUACAGUACAAUCCUCCAGCGCGUUGUUGAUGAAUUCUCCGAAUUCGAACAAUCUGCUGGCACGGCGACAGAGCGUAUCACGCCAUCCACUGUGAAGAUCCUCGCUGACAUGCGCCGCUGCGCAUUUGAUCUUGACCUUCUCAUAUCUCGCCAGCCACGACAUCACCCGGCUCUUUCAAGCCCACGCACAGUCCUUUCCCCAGGACGUAACCUUGGUCAGAAUGAGCUCGAAUACUUCGAUGUUUUCGAGUUUUUCAAUGUUCCCCGCGUUCCUAUCAUUCCAGCUCCUGCACCAGCAAUUCACUCUUUAAACCUUGCGUCUCCAGACUCUCAGCCUCCAAAUUCUGAGGGUGUGCCGCACAUGAUCAACGCUGAUAUUGCGGAGGGCACAGCAGCGGCUGCCAUGACAAAUGAGUUUAAUAUCACCAACUAUAUGGUUCCAACGCCGGAAACGGAUUGGCUGUUUCAGGUACAACGUGAAUAG